GUCCGAGGCGAUUCUCCAGCUCUCGGUGAAAUAAGGACUCGCUCGCCGCCGCACCACCGCUUCUCCGCUUCCCCUCUGUAAACCAGACGCCAAAGCCCCUACCACCUGAAACCCUAACGAGGAGAGGAUUCCAAUAAAAAGGAUUAGAAAUCUUGUUAAAACCUCAAUUUCUUGAUUCUAGUUCUCUCUACUUGGGUUUAAACCCUAGAGAAAUCGAAAUCGAGCUCCAGAGAUGCAAAACGACGAGGUGAUAUGGCAAGUAAUCAGGCACAACCACUGCAGCUUCAUGGCCAAAAUCACUACUGGGAAUUUCUGUAGAAAUCCAUACAACGUUACAGGCAUCUGCAAUCGAAGCUCGUGUCCCCUUGCCAACAGCCGUUAUGCCACUAUUCGCGAUCACGAUGGGGUUUUUUACUUAUACAUGAAAACUAUUGAAAGGGCUCAUAAGCCAAAUGAAUUGUGGGAAAAAGUUAAACUGCCCAGAAAUUAUGAGAAAGCACUAGAAACUAUUGACAAACACCUGGAAUAUUGGCCGAAGUUACUUGUGCAUAAAAUCAAGCAACGUCUCACCAAAAUGACUCAAUAUCGGAUCCGUAUGAGGAAGCUCCAGUUGAAAGUGAGGGAGAAGAUAAUGACAGUGCCUAGAAAAGAGAAGAAAAGAGAGGCUAGGAGGGAGGAAAAGGCUGAAAAGGCGGCAGUUCUGGAUAAGAGUAUUGAGAAUGAAUUGUUGGAACGGCUAAAGAAAGGUGUUUAUGGUGACAUAUACAACUAUCCUGUCGAGGCAUAUAAUAAUGUCCUUGAAAUGGAGGGGCUACAGCCCAGCAUUGAAGAAGAAGAUGAAGAACCUGAAGUGGAGUAUGUUGAAGGCUAUGAUGUACUUGAAGAGGAAGAGGACAUUGAAGACUUUGGUGGAUUUGUAAAGGACGAGUCAUUGAAUGAAGAUGGUUAUGAUGACAUGCACGAGGACGAGGAAGAGAUGGAUCCAUCUGAUCAGCAGGUUGCAAAGAAAAUGCGAAGAGGAUCUGGGUCUGAUUCAGGAACAAAGGUGAAAAGAAAGGGGAGGGUACUUAUUGAGGUUGAACGUGAUGAAGAUGUGGAUGAUAGACAAAAGACACAUAUGUGAGGUUAAGAUGAAGUGCUUAUUUCAUUCACAUUGGCAUCUGGCACUGCUUGUGUUGUUAACAUGUUUCCCGAGGUUAUCCUACGGAAAGCACUUGGCAGAAGCGGCAAGAGGAUAAUCUUCCCUCGCCUUAGAGAUGAAAUUUUGAAGGGGGUGCUUGCGGAUGAAUAUUUUCAUGAGGUUGAUACAGUAUGGAUCCAAAAUAUUCAUGCGAAGUUCUUUUAAAAGGCAUAUUUUAUGUUUUAUUGCCUUUGUAUUUUUCUCGCCAUGAUAAAUAGGGCUUGUUAAUUUUGACCUUUUGGUUCAACGAUCAAACCACCACCUUUAUACC